AUGGAGAAGAAAAGAUCAGAAGAAACAAAGACUCUGGCUUUUCCAUUCAGUCUGUCAAAGCAAGCAAUUCAGGAACCACCUGAAAAGGUCAAAAAAGAUCCAUUCAUUGGAAUGGAGGAGCGCUGGGAUACACAAUGGGAGCCAUUUCUCGAAACACAACCCACCCACGCAGGCAGGCACUUGGAGGCUUCUCCCUGGGAAGACCCCAAGGCCUUCCUAGCCUCCUUCGAGCAGGUGGCCACGGCCUGCCGGUGGCCCAGAGCAGAGUGGGUGGCCCAACUUCUGCCAGCCCUUUAUGGAGAUGCGGAAGAGGCCUUUCAGAGCCUGGACGUCAUUCAUCAAGAGGAUUAUGAGACCGUGAAGGUGGCCAUCUUGAGGGGAGAUGCGGUGAAAAGCGAGGCCCAGCGUCAACGUUUCAGACAGUUCUACUGCCAGGAAGUGGAAGACCCACGGAAGGUUCAAAGCCAUCUCGAGGAGCUUUGCCACCAGUGGCUGAAGCCCGAGAGUCACACCAAGGAUCAGAUCCUGGAGCUCUUGAUCUUAGAGCAAUUCCUGGCCAGCCUACCUCCAAAGCUUCAGGACUGGGUUCAGUCCAAGAGGCCGCAGACGAGUUCCCAGGCUGUGGCCCUGAUGGAGACCUUCCUUAGGAGCCAGCCGGAAGUCAAAUCCAAGCCGUGUCAGGUAUGA